AUGCGGGUAAAUUUCCCUCUCGUUUCGGUGAGGUCGAAAUCGGGAUGUUCAGGUUUCUUACAUUUACGGGGCCGUCAUUUGUCAUUAGUUGGAGUUUCUAGGCGCUGGCUGGUCGCCGUCGCCGUCGCCGUCCCAGUAGCUGCUAGUUCGGAGGGGAGGUCAGCGACUGUGCGUGCAGUGGUAGAUUCCCCUGGACCGAUCAGCUUUCAGAAUUUCAGACCAUUCUUAUCUCCGCAGAUUGAGAGCUGGAGUCAACGGGAUUCGGAAGUCCGAUCACAGGAUGCGAGUGCUUGUGAGCAUCCCGCUGCUCUCGUCGAUACUGAACGACUGAUGUCAAGAGUCGCUGUCGUCGGAGGUUGA